AUGUCUACCCUUGAUCCUCGUUUGUUCUACGAGCAAGUACUCGUCGAGAAUGGAAUCACUCAUGCCUUUGGCGUCCCUGACUCCUGUUUGAAGGGAUUCCUAGCAUAUCUCUAUGCGACCAAAAAAGCGCCAGAGCAAAUCGUCACAGGCAGUGAAGGUGCUGCUGCUGCGCUGGCUGCAGGUUACUAUCUGUCAACCCAGAGUCUCGCCGUUGCAUACAUGCAGAACUCGGGUCUCGCAAAUGCUUUGAACCCUCUGCAGUCCCUGGCUGCCAAAGAAGUGUUCGGAAUUCCAAUGCUUCUCAUGGUGGGCUGGCGUGGACGACCAGGAGAACAUGAUGAGCCAGAGCAUCUCUUGGCCGGCCCUCGCACCUUGGAGACUCUGGAGUCGCAGGGGUUCCCUUAUGAAAUCUUACCAGAGACUCUCGCAGAAACCAAGGCUGCAGUCGAAAGACUCGUCAAAGCCGCCAAGGAGGGUAACACUCCCACUGCCCUUGUCAUCCCCAACCACAGAUUCGCUGCAUACAAGCCUGAGCAUGAAGCAAGCAAUGGUGUUUGGCAUCCAUCUGUUACAAACUUGGCCAAACAUACAGUCAGGCCUGAAGAUUGGCGCUCUUCUGAGGGUCAACCUCCUCUGUCAAGGGAACACUCCAUUAGAAUCAUCCUCAAAAGGCUUUACCCGGAAGAUGUCACCGUGUCUUCGGUUGGAGGGAACUCUCGUGAGAUAUACAUGAUUCGAAAGGAGAACAACGAGGACCUAUCUCGGGCAUUCUUAUCCAUUGGGGCCAUGGGGCAUACAUACCCUCUCGCCUAUGGCGUGCAGAUCGGUCAUCACAAAGGCCGCGUCGUCUGUGUUGAAGGAGACGGUUCCUUCUUGAUGCACGUAGGCAAUGUGGCCGUUCUGGCUGCCCAAGCAUCGGACAAGUUGAUUCAUGUUGUGAUUCACAACGGCAUACACUGCUCAACUGGAAACCAGCCUGUCCCGGUUAGCACCAACAACCUUCUUUCGCUAUGCGGAAGCUUGCCUUAUAAGCAGAAGUUCUUUGUAGAUAGUGCUGAAGGCCUUAUACAAGCUUUUGAGUGGGCUGAAAAGACGGCUCUGAUUGUUGUUGUCGUCAAUCAGGACGUCUCGAAGGACUUGCCUCGUCCCUCGGAGCACCCAUUCGAAUUACGAGAUGCUUUUAUCUCCCAUUUUGCCAAAUAG